GGUUUUGAGCUUCUAACCAAAAGAAAGUAGUAAAAUUUCUUGUCUUAUGUACCCUUUUUCCCGGCCACCGUAAAAUAAUAUUUCCGAUCAAGAAAGGAUGGAUUUACUGAUACUAGCUAACGCCGCCGAUGAUAUCUCCGCCAUGGAAACUGUUCCUCCUGAAGUUAGCUCGCCUGAAGAAGCUUACGAAGUUGUGUCGGGUGACUCAUUGGACUUUGAUUCUUGGACUUCUCUCAUUUCAGAAAUCGAGAAAACCUACUCAGAUAACAUAAAAGCAAUAUCAUCGGUGUAUGAGUCGUUCCUCUCUUGGUUUCCAUUGUGUCAUGAGUAUUGGAAGAGAUAUGCAGAUCAUGUGGCACGGCUUUGCUCGGUGGAGAGAGCGGUUGAAAUCUUUGAACAAGGGGUGCAAUCAGCAACAUACUCUGUUGGAUUAUGGGUUGAUUAUUGUAGCUUCAGUAUACUUUCUUUUGCUGACCCAUCUGAUGUUCGUCGGAUAUUUGAGAGAGGGCUUUCUUUUGUUGGGAAAGAUUUUCUAUGUCAUAGGUUAUGGGAUAUGUACAUCAAAUUUGAGUUAUCUCAGCAGCAAUGGAAUUUGCUUUCUCACAUUCUUAUCCGUGCUCUAAAAUUUCCGACAAAGAGUUUGCACAAGUAUUAUGACAGUUUUAGAGAGUUUGCUGCUUUUGUAGAAGAGGAUAUGUCAUGUGCUAAGAGUUGUGACCUUGAACCCUAUGCAGUUGACUCAAACAUAGAAGUUCCUAAUUCUGAUGAUGAGAUCUGUCAUGCCAUCAAGGAAUUGCAAGAUUCCUCAAGUGUUGAGCUGAGGUCUAAAGCUCUACAUAGAUUUAUAGCCAUUGGUGAGCGGUUCUAUCAUAAAUCAUGUAAAUUGCAUGAAAAAAUAGAUUACUUUGAGAACUAUAUGGAGAGGGACUUUUUUAAUGCAAAACCUCUCGAUGACGAGCAGCUACAAAAUUGGCAUGAUUAUCUGGAUUUCAUAGAGAAGCAGGACGAUUUUGACUGGGCUGUGAAACUCUAUGAAAGAUGCCUAAUUCCCUGUGCUAAUUACCCUGAAUACUGGAUGCGAUAUGUGGAGUUUAUGGAAUCCAAGGGGGGACGAGAACUAGCAAAUUUUGGUUUGGAAAGAGCAACGCAAGUAUUUUUAAAGAAUGUGUCAGAAGUGCAUAUCUUCAAUGCAAGAUUCAGAGAGAAAAUAGGAGAUAUCGAAGGAGCUCGUGCUGCAUUUCAACUUUGCGAUACUGAAUCUGAUUCUUCUUUUAUUGAAACGGCAAUAAACGAGGCCAAUAUGGAAACUCGUCUGGGAAAUGUGGAUACAGCUCUGGAAAUUUAUGACAAAGCAAUCAAAAUAGCUGCAGAGAAGGAGAAGAUGCACAUAGUCCCUGUUCUGUAUAUUCACUUUUUCCGUCUUAAGUUCCUGAUUACUGGCAGUGCCGAUGCUGCCAUAGACUUGUUAAUAACAGGUAUCCAACAAGUGCCUCAUUCAAGGUUACUUCUAGAGGAGUUGAUAAAUUUUGCGAUGAUGCAUGAAGGUUCGAAACGUAUGGACGUUUUGGAUCCCAUAAUAGCUACUACCAUAGCAUCAGGAUCGGGUGGAUCCAAAGGGUUAAGCUCCAAAGAUCGCGAGGAUCUGUCUCGUUUAUAUUUGAAGUUUGUUGACUACUGUGGAACAACCAAUGACAUAAGAAAGGCAUGGACUCGUCACAUGUAUUCUUUUCCACACCUGAUAAGGAGUACCUCAUCGCGCAAGUACCCUUCUAAUCGACUUUCAAAUGAGUUCAAAGAACAAAGAGAAAAGGUGCCCCGUCUUGUUGCUAAGCAGCCAUCUAAGAUUCAUAGUAUCAAGCGUGUAUCCCGUAUUUCAGCCACUGAAAAGCAAAAGUCGUCCUCCAAAAGUCUAGCCAUCAAGCCUCACAAGGCUACAGUCAACAAGUAUAGAGAGAAAGAUAAUGACAUUUCUGUGAAGAAAAAUACACGUUUCAAGCAACGUGAAGCUAACGCCGCUGGAGAAUUGAAAAGAUUGAAACGCCAGUCUAGAAAUGAUUCCUCUAAAGAUGAUUGUAUCAUUGCUGAGGAAGAGCAUGAAAAUGAAGUAGAAGCUAGUGUAAAGCCCCUAUCUUUAGAGUGUCUUUCGUCGUGUACUCAGGAGAAAGAACCUACCGAUCUUGAAGACAGCAUGCCCACUGUAACAGACGAGAGCCCUUCAAGAACCAAUCAAAACCCCGUCGCAGGCACUGGUUCUGCCAAGGAACUAAAACAAACAAAUGAACAUGAUUCAGAAACUGACAUUCGACAAAUGCCUUUACAAAAUGCAGAAAUUCAGAAAACAGAUCUCAUGCAUACAGUUUCUGAAUCAACUGAUCAUAUUGUUAGCACGAGGCAAGUGCCAAAACACGAUGAUCCAAAUGUGCAGCCACAGAAAUCUUUACCUGCAAUCAAUUUACAUUUGUUGCCCCAAUUGGUUCAAUCGGUGAUUCAAAAUUCUGUACAAACUAGUGAAUCACCUGGGCCAGUUCAGAACCAACAAGCUUAUAGUCAAAUGUGGCAAUAUCAAUAUCAGCACCAGCACCAGCAGCAAAACCAGCAACAAUGGUUGCAGAUGCAACAGUCUUAUCCACAACCAUAUGUUCAACAGCAGAUACAAGCAAAUCCACAGCAUCAGGAGCAUUGGGCUAGAGUAUACCAGCAGCAGCAACAAAUGCAAUUAUAUAUGCAGCAGAUGCAACAAUACCAGCAGAUGCAACAAUACCAGCAGCAGAUGCCACAAGAUUACCAUCAGAAUCAUCAGCACCAGAUUGCUGCCAUACCCAAUCAGAUAUGGAAUGCUACCCAUGAUCAACAGGGUUAUGGGACAAUACCUUCCCAUACAACCAGCACACAUACUGCGCCGGAAGCACGACAAAACUAUGAGAGUAUGAUAGUUAGACCAAUGGCUCCAAGCGCACCAGCAAACAUCGUGUCUUCUAGUAAUCACCAACUAGCACACCGUUCUCCAUCUUUUGAGCGAACACGUGCAACGUGAGCAAAAUUCUGCAUAAUAUUAGUUAUGACGUCGUCUGUAUCCGAGGUUAUAGAUCCAUCGUCAUAAACUCUUUGAAUAUGUAUAAAAAGAGGUGACAAUUUCGGCCCAUUUACUAGACCUACAUGUUUGGCCCAUGAAUCUGUUAACUAGGUCAAAUUAAAUUGAAAAUAUUAGGGGUUUUAUAGAGUUUUAUAAUUGAAUUGCAGUCUUGUAUUACAUGCCCCAUCUUUUGUAGGUGCAAGCAUCUCAUUUAACAUCUCAACAAUUGUAUUCAUGACUCUAUUAUUGUACAGGGGGAAAAUAUUGUUGGCAGGAUCUUGAAUUUUGAAAUUUUAUCGGUAAUGAACGAGAAGUAUGGUAGAUUCAGAAAA